AUGGUGAAAAUAACUAAUGAUUAUUUCGAACGAAAUCCUGCUACUUCAUCCUAUCAAUCAUUAGAAGAGGCAGAAGCAAUGUUGUAUUCCAGACCUUUUCCUACCGAUGAAAACCCUAUUGAACACAAAGGAGAUAAUUCUGUGAAUCAUUUUGCAUCUAUAUUGAAUGAAGGGUCAGCUUCAGCUUUUUAUUAA